GAGGAAUUCUGUUGGGACGCGGAUUGGUGGGCGUGUGUCACGUGCAGGUGGCCCCUCGGAGCAACAGGAGCUGCUUUGAAUCCGGUUGCAGAACCAAACCAGACAGUUAUAGAGGUGCAGUCAUGCGGAUGCUGGAAAGGUCAUAAUGGUGAAAAACUAUGUCACUUUUUUCAAUGCCAUUGUAACUUUGAAUGGUCACUAAAUGAACUCUUGUAAGUCGAGGACUACAUGUAUAUGGAAAACUCAACCAGCUAGAUCAGAGCUGUUGUUCCUCAUGAGAAUUCUAUGCAAUGAGUAUUUUGUUUGAACAGUCCUGGCUGUAGUCUGACAUGGUGUGGCAGCAAAUUCAUCAGCUUGAAAAGGGAUUGGAAAAGCAACAUUUGCACAUCUGCUGCACUCUGAUGCCUCUGCCGGUGGCAUUGCAGUCCCGCCUAGCCAGGCGAGGCCUGCUGAAGCAUGUAGAACCUGAGCCAGAAGAGGAAAUAAUUGCAGAAGAUUACGAUGAUGAUCACGUUGAUUAUGAAGCCACAAGAAUGGAGAACCUGCCACCAAACUGGUACAAAGUCAUUGAUCCUGUUUGCUGCCUCCCCUAUUAUUGGAAUUUAGAAAGUGAUCUGGUUUCAUGGCUCUCGCCUAACGAUCCCAACUCUGUGGUGACCAAAGCAGCCAAGAAGUUGAAGAACAACUUAGAUGCUGAAAGCAAAACAGAACGCUUCCAUGAUAAGAUCGAGCGGGAAGAGGUGAAAGAACGUCGCUAUCACCGGCGAGAAGAGCUGGCCCCCUACCCUAAAAACAAAAAGGCAAGCCGAAAGGAUGAAGAACUCGAUCCCAUGGACCCUAGUGCUUACUCAGACGCUCCUCGGGGAACCUGGUCCACGGGGCUGCCCAAGCGAAAUGAAGCCAAGACCGGUGCAGAUACCACAGCUGCUGGCCCACUGUUCCAGCAGCGCCCUUAUCCAAGCCCUGGGGCAGUCUUACGUGCGAAUGCCGAAGCUUCUCGAGCCAAACAGCAGGACUGAGAUGCCCACACCUCCUUUUAUCCCUGAAUGAAUUUGAGCGUUAAGUUCUGAAAGGCCCACUGCAAGAGCAGGACUCCCUCUGGACUACAGACUGGGCCAUCGAUAGCCUUUCCAAAUCUUUACUACAACUCUGGCAAGACAGCAGUAACAGAGGCUGAUUUUUAUGGCUCAGCAGCUUCCAAAAAGCUGCAAAGUUCCCAACACCUUUGGGGCUUUCAGGAGGCUGUGUUUCCCUGCAGAAGAGGUUUUACAUGUUUGACCCGCUGACUUCUGCAGGGGACAGUCUCCUCACCAGUCUCCAGAUCUCCUUCUCUCAUCCCACUUCGUAUUUCUAAAAAAAAAAAAAGGUUAAGAGAAAACCCAUUUCGGUUUUUCCCAUAUAACCAUUUUGAGCCGCUUAUAAUAUUUGCAUAACAUAAAGGAAAAUGUUUGCAGACAGGUUUGUAGAGUCUGGCCAGGGAGGACCAGCCAAGGCAAGGAGAUGGAAGCCAGCGCACCUUCCCGCCCUCCCCUCCCCCAGCUCAGAGUAGCUAUAAGACACACAGCUCUUCAAUUCUGCUUAAAUGAUCAGACAACAACUGGGCUGGCUUGCUUUAGAAAUCUGUAUUAUGUUUUUACAAGAAUAAAUAAAAUAUACAAAGCUG